AGCUUAGCUAUAGCCCAUUCCAAGAAUGAAAAUCUAUCUUUUUAUCCUCUCACUCGCAUUGCGUCUUCUGAAUGUCUUGGCCCUUAAGGAUCCCAUUUGCGGUCUGAAGCCUAGGGUUAAUAGAUGCAUAUCGGCAAAAGAAUCUCUAGUAUUGUAUGGUUAUAGUGAAUCACGAAAUAUUUGUUACAAAAUCAAAAAUCCCUGUCAAACCUUAGUCAGAAGAUUUGCAACAAAAGAGAUCUGCCAGAAGUUGUGCCAGGAGGAGCUGGCAGAAGUAUGAACAUAUUUUGUUAGUAACAUAAUCACAUGAACUGUAAU